GCGAGGAGAUCAGUGUUGUCCCCAAUCGGUUUCUGGACGACAGCCUUUCUCCAGUCAUCCUGGGCGUCCAGGGAGGGAGCCAGUGCCUGUCGUGUGGGACGGGGCAGGAACCGACUCUGAAACUAGAGCCAGUGGACAUUAUGGAGCUCUACCGCAGCCCCAAGGAUUCCAGGGGUUUCACCUUCUUCAGGAGGGACACGGGACUCACCUCCAGGUUCGAGUCGGCUGCCUUCCCGGGCUGGUUCCUCUGCACGGUGCCUGAAGCAGACCAGCCUCUCAGGCUCAGCCAGCUCCCGGGGGAUGCCAGCUGGGACCACCCCAUCAUGGACUUCUACUUCCAGCAAUGUGACUAG